AUGCCGACACAUUGCUGUGUCCCUCUUUGUCAUCAGAGAGGCUAUUUGUCGACCUCUGGAGAGAAGAUUUCAUAUUUUACUUUCCCCAAAGACAAAGUUUUGAAGCGUCAGUGGAUUCACGCCAUCCGUCGUGAAGAAGGACCAGAGUUCAAAAUAUUGUCGUCAACAAAAGUUUGCUCGCUACAUUUUAAGACUACUGAUUUAAAGAAGUCCUUGAAUGGUAUAAUAACUCUAAAAUCUAAGGGUGUAGUGCCUUCCAAGUUCUCCUGGACUUCCGAAAAGAGUAAAAGAAAGUCACCAAGAAAAAUACAGACGACUGAAUCAACAAAGCCGGCUACAAAUAUUUUGCAACCUGAAGCUACCACUUCUGACUGUGCAGAUGAUAUCACUGAAACGAUUUUGGAGAAUUCGGAAGAAGAUAUUAAUAGUCUCAAAGAAAAGAUCUUGUCUCUGGAGAGAAAUCUAAAUACUGCUCAAGAACGUGUGAAUGAUCUCGAGAAGGAAAACAAGGCCCUGCGAGCAGAAGUGAAACGUUUAGAAGGACAAAAGAAAUCUUCCGAGUCUAGAGUCUUUACAGUGGAACAUUUUAAAUCCAAAGAAGAUAUUUGUUACUAUACUGGCUUUCCAAGCUAUGAGACAUUUCUUGCUGUUUAUUCGUUCUUGGACCCAGGAGAAAAUGGUGAAAACAUCCGAUACUGUACCGCUUCGACCCGGGAUAGAAGUGUGCCUGAUAAUUUCUCUUAUGUUGAUGACAGUGCAAGCGGAAGCAGUGAAACUACAUACAGUGAAUAUGAGCCAGAGGAAAAUCGUCGCCUAAGGGGAAGGCCUCGAGCACUGAAGGCGAUUGAGGAAUUUUUUCUUGUUUUAUGCAGACUAAGAUUGGGCUUUGGAGAGAAACAUUUAGGCCAUUUGUAUGGUGUCUCUGAAUCAACUGUGAGUAGAAUCCUAAUCCCUUGGAUUAACUUUAUGUACUUAAAAUUUGGUCAGAUCUGUAUUUGGCCUUCAAGAGAAAAGGUUGAUGAAUGCAUGCCAGAGAGCUUCCCCCAGAAAUACAAAAGUACUCGUGUAAUUAUUGAUUGCAAAGAAGUUAGGUGCCAGAUUCCUAGCAGUCUGCUUUUAAACAAUGAGCUUUCUAGUUCAUAUAAGAACCAUGUAACCCUUAAAGGCCUAAUAGGCAUCGCACCAAGUGGAACUGUGACAUUCAUUAGCCAACUUUAUACAGGAAAUAUCUCAGACAGAGAAAUUGUCACCAGGAGUGGACUGUUAUCGCUUGAUUUUACUAGUGGUGACUCUGUUAUGGCAGACAAGGACUUUACAAUUGAGGACAUAUUGCCUUUGGGAGUUUCUCUUAAUAUUCCUCCAUUCCUGGGAGGAGACUCUCAGAUGUCUCCAGACUAA